AUGGUGGGCGCAAGCGGGGAGGUUCCAUGCUCUGCGCCGCAGCAGGAGCAUGCCGACGCAGCCGCAGUAGAUGAGGGCAGCUCGGAAGUGGAGGAUGAAGCGGAUGAAAUGCAGGAGGAGCAGGAGACGCCUGGCCCCAGCAGGCUGCGUUCGCGGUCGAUCCUGCGCAGCGGCCCCGGAGCCCCUGACCCCCCUGGCGAGGAGCGCGUGAAGCACACUGUUUCCUGGAACGACUUCCAGGGCAGGACCCUGACUGACGUCAAAGA